AUGGUUCCGAGGCAGAGGCUGGGGUGCGUUCAAGAUUCAGCUCCAUCCCUGGCCCCGGCCGAGGGAGGCCCUGCGGCUGGAGGUGUCGUGGUCAUUAAUACUGCUUUACAAGAGGUGCGGAAGACCGCCCUCAUCCAGGAUGGCCUAGCACCGGGAAUUCACAAAAGCUGCCAGAGCCUUCGACAAGGCCAAGCCCACCUUUGUGUGCUUGCAUCCAACUGUGACGAGCCUGUGUAUGUCAAGUUGGUGGAGGCCCUUUGUGCUGAACACCAAAUCAACCUAAUUAAGGUUGAUGACAACAAGAAACGAGGGGAGAGAGGAGGCCUCUGUGGAACGGACACAGGGGGAGAGCCCCCCCACCCCCCGCCAGGCCAAGGGCUUGCUUGCAGCUGUGUUAUAGUGAAGGACGACAGCAAAGAGUCUCAGGCCAGGGAUGUCAUUGAGGUGUACUUCAAAUGCAAGAAACGAACAAAUUAA